UUUCUUUGUUCAUUCUCAUCGGUCAAGGUGGUGACCAGGGUAUAUAAAGUGCGAACUCUCUCAGUUUCUGCACAAAGCGGGUAGAAAUAUAUUACAAACAGUUGCCGUGUCAUUUAAAAUAUCGAAUUUCAAGAUGAAAUGUGGUAUCGCACUGCUGCUUCUUGUAGUCGUUGCCGGACUGGCAGAAUGCAGGCCGAAUGAGAACCUCCAGCAACGGGUUGCAGAAUUAAGGGCUAAAGGAAAGGGUAAGGGCGGAGAGCGUAAAGAUGGUAAAGGAAAAGGAAAAGACACCGACUGGCCCUAUGGAUGGAUAGAAUUUGCAUCACUGCUUGGCAAGUGUGAAGCCGCCAGGAACUGGUUUGAAAUACUCGAGAUGGAUAUGGAAACUUCUGAUGAAGGUGUUUUGUCACAUGCUUGUCCAAAGACAUACGAGUGCGCCGAAAACUUGCUUAAUGCUACAGAGGAGGAGCUGAAAGAAGUCACCAAGUUCAUGAAUGAAGUUUUCCCGCUCCUACAGUGCGCCAACCUUCAGGCCGAUAAAGAAGCACUUGGUUUUGCACUUAUGGUGAACGGAAAAAAUAUAACCGAAGACAUUUACAUGAAAGAGACUGAGGAGCUUUUCAACGUCUGCUACAAACUAUUUGAAAGCGUUGAAGGCGAGGUUGAGGAACUUGACAAAGAUAUGGAAAAAAUUGAAGAAAUUGAAGAAAAUGCUACCGAGGAAGCAACACGCGAUGCCAAGAUCAAAUCGCUUCUCAGACAGCUCAUCAAUACUGCCGCGAAAAAGCGUUAAGGACGGACCCUAUGGACACACCCCAACUUUACAUCUCAUGAACGAAUACUGGACAGUUACAAUUUACCAAACAUUUUAUAAUUUAAUGAAACUGUGAAAAUGGUUUUCAUAGAUUUUGUUACUUUGUUGAAAAUUACAAUUUUAUGCAAACUAAUAAAAAUAUAAAUA